AUGCCUUCGACCGAUUCGAUUACAAAUGACCAUGGCACGAGUUUUCUGGGCGAUCUUGAACCUUCAAUUAAGAGGUUCCCAUACCAAGGGAAACGACAAUUUAACAACAUCAUGAAACAAGAAUUCCAAAGACGAGCACAGUCAAGCGAUCCAAUCGAGAAAUGGAGCGAGUGGGUGCUAUUUACUGAUCUGGACGAGGAGACCUUCACUCGCGACUUCCUAAACUUAACGAACGAAACUCACCGAAUUGACGAUUGGACUCCAAACUGCCCUUCAUACGAUAGCUCACUUCGCUUACUUCUGACCAAGAUGCGCCUUUCCCCGCACGAAGUUGCUUCGCACCUUUUCGAGACGUUGCUUCUUACUAUCCUUAGGCCAAUGGGGCUUCACCGUGCUAUACGACUCUUAGGAACCACCACAGUCUAUGGCAUAAGCGGCAGAAAGGAACCCGAUGGCUCGUGGGCACCGUAUCGCCCACCUCGCGGUCACCCAAAAAACAUGCCCACCGUCGUUCUCGAGGUAGCGCUGUCUGAGACGCAGUCAAAACUGAGCUCAGAUGUGAGAUUCUGGCUGAACCAAUCACAUGGGGCCGUCAAAGUCGUCCUGACGCUCGCCAUCAACCGCAAAGGGCCGCAAAUCACACUGGAGAAAUGGGAGCUCCGGAACGACCGCCAACAUCGAACUGGACGAGUUGAUAUCUCCAUGGGCAACAACAAGCAGAUCAGAGUCGAGGGCGGUCCGUUAGUGAUCGAGUUUGAGAAGUUGUUCCUUCGGCCGGCAGAGGAUGCCAGGGAGGGCGAUAUCACAUUUGAUACAGACAUGCUCGAGGAGCUUGCCACCGGGAUCUGGAAAGAACAGGAAUUCAUGGAGGAAUGA